AUGCAAGCGGUCUUGAAUGACGGGUACUCUGCUCUGACAGAGCAGUCGGUUGUGGUGGAUGGCUCUCGAGACCUGUCGCUCAAGAGCCCCGUGCCCAAGAACGUCGCAUUCGAGCUGCUUUUGGACGAAAACUCCAAAGUACGAGCUCGAAUUCCUAUGCGCGUCCAAAUUUACCCGCAUGAUACAACGGAUUCGAUUGUGACGACGGUCAAAAAUUUCUAUGGCAUCUACGAUGGGACCGCCAGUGGGGUGAGCUUUGAGGAUGAACAUGGCACCACCCUGAUCGCAAGGUAUGAGAACCUCAAGAAUAACAUGACUGUGUAUGUGCGGGUCAUUCCCAUUCAACCUUAUACGGAUCACUUUUAUGGUGGUUAUCCUGUGGAGCGCAAGCGGCCCAGUUUGGGUGAGCCUUUUGGGAUGGAUGCUGUAGCGCCGGCCCUGGAUCAGCCAUCGCGGCCAUCCUCUCGCCUCGCUAGAAAGCGCAGCACAUCUCCAUCUAACCGAAGUCUUCGAAGCGCUUCUCAGCACAAGCAAGGCUCACGUAGCGGUAACAAAAGCCGUGGUUCGAGUCAUGCUGGCUUCCCAGAUGAGGAUCUCAUGAGCGAUAGUGAGGACAGCUAUAGUCGCAGAUCACGAGGCGAUGCAUUCGCCAGCUCAGAAAUAAGUAUGGAGAAUAUACUUCAAGAUGGUCGUCGCAAACGACCAAAGUUUGACAGCUCGGAACUUCCACUCUUCGCUCCUCCUCAAGUCCCUCUCACCACCUCGACCUCCUCCAUCUCUCCUCAGCGUCGGUCAGUUGGACAAGAAGGUGCCGGCUCACCUUUUGCUCGUCCCACUCAUCGCCCAUACGGGUACCAACAAGCUCUACCAUCGCCUCAAAGCUAUGGUCACAGUGAAUAUGGGGUACAUUCAGGACGCAACUCAGUAUAUGCGACACCAGUCGUUCCCGAAAAUGCGAACCGUGUGCCCUUCAGUAACUCUGCCCCACGCGUGAGUGGUGCUGGCGUUCUGCCCACCCCAGAUCCAACUAUCGCAAGCUGCAUCUCUGAUGAAGAUGUUGCAAUGCAACUGAUCCGCCUGGGCGAUGCUUCAAACUUCUCCCAUGGGCGUACAUCGGCAUCAACACUCGAUGAUGCCUUCAGCGGCGCUGCUGAUGCCGCCUCAUCGACUGGUGCCACCAGCGAUGGCGAGGACUUUAGCGAAGAGGAAGAUGACUUGCCAGCUCGUCGCAGACUGGAGUCAUCUCCAAUGCUUCCUCCUGGCGCCAUCAAACGUCAUCACAAACGUCUUGAUGACAUUCUGCCCAGUGCAGACAGCAGCGAUCACAGUUCAGAUGGUCUUGACGACGGCAUCAAGAGCGAGGCCGAAGAGGAUGCUUUGUACAAAGAAUUUGCUCCCAAGGCGAAGAAGCCCAAGAGCCGUCCAAUGUCCGCAAAGCCUCGCAGCCAAAAGUCUUUGCCCAAACUAAAGACCAAGACUGUAGCCCCUGCGCCACGCAAGCCGUCUGAAAAGGUCGUUGCGCCUGUCCCGCCUCUCAGCCCAGUCUCCUCCCGCAAGGUUUCUGGAGGAUCCGUUAACUUCCAGCAUCAACUCGGCGCUGAUGAAGAGGAUCUUUCUACAAAGCCCCGCUGCCAACGAUGCCGCAAGAGUAAGAAGGGCUGUGAUCGCCAGCGCCCAUGUGGUCGUUGCAAGGAUGCUGGUAUCGGAUGUGAAGGCUGCAUCAGUGAAGAUGAGGGCAACGGACGCAAGGGCCGUUAUGGACGCCACAUGGGCGUCCCUGUGAAGCGACUCGAUGAUGGAGAAGAAGAUUUACUCGACUUUAUAAUGCCUGGUACUCCCCUGGCCUCUGCUUCUCUUGCCGACAAGAACAAGAAGCGGAAGCGUUAG